AUGAUAGGGCCAGUACGGAGUAUUAGUUUCAGCUUUGAUGGUAGUUACAUUGUAGGUGGAAGCGACGAAGGAGUUGGGCUGGAGGUCAUACACACUGAGACGGGUGAUCAGAUUCAUACUAUCAAAACUCCAGGUGGACAACCCUGCACAAUUGUUUCUUGGCACCCCAACAGAUACUGGCUUGCAUAUUCUGAUCUUGGAGGUUUAAAAAUAUUAGGCGUAGAUGUAUCUACAGAGAGAAAAUAG